UCUCUAGAACAACUUGAAUGCGAUGCAACCCUCCUGCCGAACCAUUCUCUGUUGCCAACUAAUAAAACAACGAAACGCUACUUUCACGACAAAAAAUUUGGUGCCAUUAGUGAGACUAACACAAGUGGAAACGGUCAAGUGGCCAAAGAAAAAUUGGGGAAGCUACUCAAAGAAAUCAAAGAUAUGCACCUCACAAUCUCUAGAUUAAUGAUCAUCAGUAAAAGAAUUAAGGCAAGAAUACGGGGUCAAAAGAACUAUCCAAAAAAAAAAACAUCUCUACAUACUGGCCUUGUCGAAUUGACCAACAAAGAAUGA